UAAGGCGCUGUAAACAGAGACGCAGCGGGUCUCUAUUCGAGUAAACUUUCUGCAAUAACACGCAGCUGCUAGGUUUCACCACAGUUUGAGGAGUUAUCUUGUUUGUUCGUAGCUGCGGUUUGAUUGAGGUCUGGCUUCAUGGCGAGUGUCGGGAAAUCAAGCAGCAGGAUUAAUAAACGAGAAACGAGAUCUCCAUCAGAUAAGAAGCUGCUGGGAGGCUGUGAGGAGAUCUCAUCAUCAUCCUCAUGUGUGGGUGAGGAAGAUCACAGUCCGGCUCUGAACGGACACGACAUCCAGAGUCUGGCCAUCACAGCUCAAGACCUGGAGAGGCUGCGAGUCCCUAAACCUCCUUCCGAUUCCCAGAAGCCCAAAUCGAUGACCCGUGUUUACGUCCGUAAGACACGCCCCCCAGACGAAGUCAGCAGAGCGGUUAGAGUCACCAUAGUGAGGCCCCUCCCACAUGAUGUUGCCCCGCCCCAACCAUUUGAAUAUGCAGGUCCUGGUGGGCCGCGGUUUGACUCGCAGGGGAUGGUGCUGCCGCACAGCAUUCUGGGAAGCCUGGAGGAUUUCAGGACAGAGAUGCAGCUGCGAGGAGAGACAGAGCUGGUGCAGCGGAUUCCAGACCGACAGGAACGGCCCCCUCUGUGGGUGGAGGAUGAGAAUGAGGACAAUAAAGCCGGAGUUCGUUCAGAAAUGGGGCGGGGCCAUCAGAGCCACGCCCUCCAGCACUGGGGCCGUCACAUGACAGAGAGACACAGACAGCAGGACUUCAUUUCACGGUUCCUGCAGAAGCCGACGGGGUCUUUACUAAUGAACCGCUCCAGCACAUUCAGACGGGUUCAGGAGCAGAGGGAUCUGAUCAGCACAGCGCUGCCCGCUCUCAGUGCAGGACAUGGUCACCGUGUGGGCAGUGAGUUCUGGAGCGUCCCGCAGCAUUACGGGGACGAGACGAGCGGGAUCACAGCCACUCUCACACAAACCGAGAGAGGAAAGCGUCCCGCCGUCACACGCGUGUCUCAGCCGCUCAGCACACGCCUGGAGUCAGGUAAUGUGGCGUGUGAGGCGGUGAACGGCGGCUGGGAUCAGGGUUUGUACCUGCAGCAGCGGCUUCAUGAGCUCAAGGACGUGCUGAGAGACUUCAGUCCUCCUGAGGCUGAUGGUCUGGAGGUGGUCGGGUCUGGUCUUCCCGUAUCUUCACGUUCUCCUCUGCCGGACGAGAGAGAAGACGAGGAUGAAGAGCAGAAGGAGAACCAAGCUCCUCUGGAGCUGUAUGAGGACGUGCUGAUGGACGUGGAGCUGCGUCCCGCUCUCAGGGUCUGUGGAGAUCUGGCGCUCUGGACCGGCAGCACUUCCUCCCACCAGGGGCAGGAGGGCGUCUCUGUCAGGCUGAUGUUUGAGACGGUCACAGGACAGAGUGUGAGCGCUUAUCUGGAGUUAAAGAAUGAACUGAACAGAUUCAAACUUUUGAAUUUAUAA